AUGGCAGUCCCCACCACCGAAGCUGUGUUUCUGCUGAAGGACGUGAAACCUGGAUCCAAAAAUCUCAAUAUUGUGUUUAUUGUGUUGGAAAUAGGUCGAGUGACGAAGACAAAGGACGGUCACGAGGUGCGCUCCUGUAAAGUGGCCGACAAGAGCGGGAGCAUCGCCAUCUCUGUGUGGGACGAGCUGGGCAGCCUGAUCCAGCCGGGCGACAUCAUCAAACUGACCAGAGGAUAUGCGUCAAUCUGGAAAGGCUGUCUGACUCUGUACACAGGGAGAGGGGGAGACCUGCAGAAGAUUGGAGAGUUCUGCAUGGUUUACUCCGAGGUCCCCAACUUCAGUGAGCCCAACCCAGACCUGCUGAGUACCAGUAACCAGAACAAACCAGGUAAACCGGAGCAGAACCAGAGGGGGAACUCUCCUCCAAACCAGAACUCAGGUACAGCUGCUGCUCCAGGUAACGGCUCUCUGGGCUCUUCCUUCUCCCCUGGUGUCCCUCCCUCUGCUGCCCCUGGAGGCUUUGGAGCGUCGCGACCAAACGGCAGAGCUCCUGGUAACGGGGCGCCCCAGGGUUCAGUGACAGGACCCAACCAGGUCCCAGCCAAGCCUGUGGCCAUCAGCAAUGGACGAGACCCGAGGAGAGCCAAGAGAUGA